AGGGGGCGGGCUGGCGGCGGGGCGGCCACGCUCCAGGACCAUGCCGCGCUCCUUCCUAGUGGACUCCCUGGUGCUGCGCGAGGCCGGCGACAAGAAGGCGCCCGAGGGUAGCCCGCCGCCGCUCUUCCCCUACGCGGUGCCUCCGCCGCACGCGCUGCAUGGUCUCUCGCCCGGCGCCUGCCACGCGCGCAAGGCCGGGCUGCUGUGCGUGUGUCCGCUCUGCGUCACCGCCUCGCAGCUGCACGGGCCUCCCGGGCCGCCUGCGCUGCCUCUGCUUAAGGCGUCCUUCCCGCCCUUCGGCUCGCAGUACUGCCACGCUCCCCUGGGCCGCCAGCAGUCCGCUGUGUCGCCCGGAGUUGCUCACGGCCCAGCCGCAGCCGCAGCUGCCGCCGCGCUCUACCAGACCUCCUAUCCGCUGCCGGACCCCAGGCAGUUCCACUGCAUCUCCGUGGACAGCACCUCGAACCAGCUGCCCAGCAGCAAGAGAAUGCGCACGGCGUUCACCAGCACGCAGCUGCUAGAGCUGGAGCGCGAGUUCGCCUCCAAUAUGUACCUGUCCCGCCUUCGCCGCAUCGAGAUCGCGACCUAUCUGAAUCUGUCCGAGAAACAGGUGAAGAUCUGGUUUCAGAACCGCCGAGUGAAACACAAGAAGGAGGGAAAGGGUAGCAACCACCGCGGCAGUGGCGGGGGUACCGGCGCGGGUGCUGGCGGGGGCGCCCCGCAAGGCUGCAAGUGCGCCUCGCUCUCUUCAGCCAAGUGUUCCGAGGAUGAUGAUGAAUUGCCUAUGUCUCCGUCCUCCUCGGGGAAAGAUGACCGCGAUCUCACCGUCACUCCGUAGGCGC